AUGAAGUCAAGAACUGCGACGCCGGCGGCCGGCCUCCUCCUCCUCGUCGCGCUUGUGGCGGUGGCGGAAGCCGACACCGACGCCGGCGAUGUUGCGGCCUUGGGGAAUCUCUACAGCUCCUGGAACAGCCCGGCGCAGCUCACCGGGUGGUCUGCCAGCGGCGGCGACCCCUGCGGCGCCGCGUGGACGGGUGUCUCCUGCUCGGGCUCCGCCGUCACCUCAAUCAAGCUUUCUGGUAUGGAGCUGAAUGGUACUCUUGGUUAUCAAUUGUCAAGUCUACAGGCUCUGAAAACAAUGGAUUUAAGCAACAACUACUUGCAUGAUGCAAUUCCUUACCAGUUGCCAUCAAACCUUACCUAUCUGAAUUUGGCAAAAAAUAACUUCUCGGGUGAUCUUCCGUACUCUAUAUCCAACUUGGUUUCACUUGAGUACCUCAAUCUCAGCCACAACUCGUUAUUUCAGGAAAUUGGUGAACUAUUUGGAAGCCUCAAUUCACUUUCAGAACUAGACGUAUCUUUCAACAACCUGACGGGGAAUCUUCCUUUCUCAAUGGGCUCUCUGUCAAAACUUUCUAGCCUUUAUAUGCAAAAUAAUCAACUAUCAGGCACAGUUGAUGUCCUCAGCAACAUAAGCCUUGCAACACUAAAUAUUGCAAACAACAAUUUCAGCGGCAUGAUACCUCAAGGAUUCAGCUCAAUUCCAAAUUUAAUAGUUGGAGGAAACUCAUUUGUCAAUAUGCCUGCCUCCCCACCACCAACUCUGAAGCCACAUGAUCAGCCAAACGAUCCUCAAGGACCUAUUAGUGCUCCAACUAUCCCAGAGACUCCUAUUGAUCAAGACGACAAGAAGAUGCAAACAGGUCCUCUUAUAGGCAUAGCGGUUGGCUCAAUAGCUGCUGCCUCAUGUGUUCUUUUCGUGUUGGUGUUCUGCCUUCACAAUGCACGAAAAAGAAAUGAUGAUGCAAGCAGUGAACCAAAAGAUAUUGUGGGUUCUCUUGCAGUAAACAUAGAAAGAGCAUCUAAUAGGGAAGUCCUAAACAACAACCAUGAAAAUGCUGUGGUAGCAACUUCAGAUCUCCAACCUGCUGGAAAGAUGACUCCGGACAGAGUGCAUGGUACAGAUGGUUCUACUGCCAAAAAGCCAAAGGUUCCUGUGACAGUGAAAUCAUAUACAGUUGCUGCUCUCCAAGUUGCUACGAAUAGCUUCUGUCAAGACACUCUCCUAGGCGAGGGUUCGCUUGGUCGUGUUUACAAGGCUGAUUUUCCUAAUGGGAAGGUACUUGCCGUGAAGAAGAUAGACAGUGCUUCUCUGUCUCUGUAUGAAGAAGAUAAUUUUCUCGAGGUUGUCUCGAACAUUUCUCGGCUCAGACACCCAAACAUUGUGCCCUUUACAGGCUAUUGUGUUGAGCAUGGACAAAGGCUUCUUGUGUAUGAGUACAUUGGAAACGGAACACUACAUGAUAUACUGCACUUCUCUGAUGGGACGAGCAAGAAACUCACAUGGAACACCCGCGUAAGGAUAGCUCUAGGCACCGCUCGCGCUUUAGAGUACCUGCAUGAGGUGUGCCUGCCACCUGUGGUACAUAGGACCUUCAAGUCAUCUAACAUCCUGCUUGAUGAAGAGUACAGUCCACAUCUGUCUGACUGUGGGCUUGCUGCUCUGUCACCGAAUCCUGAGAGAGAGGUUUCCGCUGAAGUGGUUGGCUCUUUUGGAUAUAGCGCCCCUGAGUUCGCCAUGUCAGGAAUAUACACUGCAAAGAGCGAUGUGUACAGUUUUGGAGUGGUGAUGCUAGAGCUGUUGACAGGCCGUAAACCACUAGACAGCUCCAGGGAGAGGUCAGAACAGUCUCUUGUCAGAUGGGCAACCCCGCAGCUCCACGACAUCGAUCUACUUGCCAAGAUGGUUGAUCCGGCACUGGAUGGGCUGUACCCUGCCAAAUCCCUCUCCCGUUUCGCCGACAUAAUCGCGAUCUGCGUCCAGUCGGAGCCGGAGUUCCGCCCGCCAAUGUCGGAGGUGGUGCAGCAGCUGGUGCGGCUGAUGCAGAGGGCGAACAUCAUACGCCGGCAAUCGGACGAUCUGGGCUACUCGUACAGGGUCCCCGACCGCGAAGCCGACGUCCUCUGA